AUGGGUCAAUGUGAACCUCAUAAGUUGAAUUUCGGUUGUACGAAUGGGAUGGAAGACAAUACGUACGAGCGAAUUUUAAAUACCUCAAAAGGGUCAAUAACAAUCGAGUUAUACAAAGAAGGCUCUCCUGAGGUGGUUGAUGCAUUUAUUGACUUAUGUCAGAGGGGGCACUUCAAGGGGAUGCCUUUUCACCAUGUAAUAAAGAACUUUGUGAUUCAAGGAGGUAAUUCUGAUAUACCUGGAGCUACAGAUGAUUGGACUUUGAAAGUAAAGCAUAACAACCAACUUGAAACAAGCAUGAAGCAUGAGGCGUUUAUGCUUGGUACUACAAAGGCUAAACAUGACAAAGAGGGAUUCGAGCUUUUUAUUACAGCUGCACCAAUCCCUGAUCUAAAUGAGAAGCUGAUUGUGUUUGGGCGGGUCAUUAAGAGAGAGGAUGUUGUUCAGGAAAUUGAAGAGGUGGAUACGGAUGAACAUUAUCGACCUAAAUCUCCAAUAGGAAUCAUCAAUGUGACUCUGAAAGAGAAGGUUUGAAGGAGGUUUUAUCAGUUUAAAGCUUCUUUCAAUGGCAUGGUUUCCCCAUCUUAGAUGCCAACGUGCUGAUAAUCACCAAGCAAGCAAGAGGUUUAUGGAAAGUAUAAAUUUUUAGUCCAGGGUCGUAAGAUGGGUCAAUGUGAACCUCAUAAGUUGAAUUUCGGUUGUACGAAUGGGAUGGAAGACAAUACGUACGAGCGAGUGCCGCAAGGUCAAUCCUAUUAUUUUCCGUGUAUGGAUGGGACACAAGAGAGCGCAUUGCAAAUGGUGGACAAAAUUGGAAGCUCAUCUUUCAGUGAAUCAGGAAUGGCGAAUAGGUUUUGAACAGAUUCAGAACAGAUUAUAUUUGGUUUUGAACAGGUUUUGAACAGGUUCUGAAGAGGUUAAUUUCAGAUUUUG